AUGGAUCUGUUCAUCCCGGAUUACCCGAUUCGGACCAAGGAGACGGAUCUGGAAGCUCCGGUGUUUUCACCAAUAGCUCCGGGGUUGCCGGAUCAGCGGCUCGAUCAGUUGGAUCUGCAGGCGAACUUCCGGGACCCCAAGGAGAUCACGGUGUCCCGUUCUUCCGAGGUCAUUGCUGAGGACCGCCGCGUGGACGAGGCCUACUUCACGAAGACCGAGCUCAGCCAGAUCGGUCAAGACUACCCCGAGGAGACGAGCCCACCGAAUCUCCCCGAGAUCUUCCACCAGGAAGACGAGGCUUCUGAGAUUCAGAGGGCGAUCUUCCCGGACUCCUACGACG